UGGGGGGUCCAUCUUCCGGUUCCGUGUGUGUGUGUGAGGAUCGCGGCAGGCCGGAGAUGGGGCGGUGAGCGGAGGGGACACAGGAGGACACCGAGAGCCGCACCGGGGAGGUAUUAGUGAGACGACGUGAGAUAUGGGCCACAGGAAAUUGCGCCUUCUCUUGCGGCUCCUGGUAUUCUUCAUCCUCGCCCUGAUGAUCUUAUCGGCCGCCGAUUUCGAUCCGUACCGGAUACUGGGCGUGAGCCGGACCGCCAGUCAAGCCGACAUUAAAAAGGCGUACAAGAAGCUGGCCCGGGAAUGGCAUCCAGAUAAGAACAAGAACCCGGGUGCAGAGGACAAAUUCAUCCAAGUCAGCAAAGCUUAUGAGAUUCUGUCCAACGAGGAGAAGAGAACGAACUACGACCGCUAUGGAGACUUGGGAGAAAAUCAGGGGUACGCCCAGCAGCAGCACCACCACCAUUUCCGACACUUCCACGACAGCUUCUACUUUGACGAGUCCUUCUUCCAUUUCCCCUUCAACUCUGAGCGACGAGACUCCUCCGACGAGAAGUAUCUCCUCCAGUUCUCCCACUACAUCAACGAUGUGGUCCCAGACAGCUUCCGCAAACCCUACCUCAUCAAGAUCACCUCCGACUGGUGCUUCAGCUGCAUCCACAUCGAACCCGUAUGGAAGGAGGUGGUGCAGGAGCUGGAGGGGCUGGGUGUAGGAAUAGGAGUGGUGCAUGCUGGGUACGAGAGGCGGCUCGCCCACCACCUUGGCGCACAUAGCACGCCGUCCAUCCUGGGCGUCAUCAACGGGAAGAUCUCGUUCUUCCAUAAUGCCGUGCUGAGGGAGAACCUGCGUCACUUUGUGGAAAGUCUCCUCCCGGGGAAUCUGGUGGACAAGAUAACCGAUAAAAACUACGUCCGCUUCCUCUCCAACUGGAAACAGGAGAAUAAGCCCCACGUGCUGCUGUUUGAUCAGAUGCCCCCGGUGCCCCUCAUCUACAAGCUCACCGCGUUUGCCUAUAAAGAUUACCUGUCAUUUGGCUACGUGGACCUCGGCCAGAGAGAGACGGACCAGAUGAGCAGCCAAUACAAUAUCAACAUGUACGCCCCGACCAUGCUGGUCUUCAAGGAGCACAUCCACAAGCCGGCCGAUGUGGUGCAGGCGCGAGGAAUGAAGAAACAGGUCAUCGAUGACUUCAUCUCCACCAACAAGUUCCUCCUAGCGGCCCGGCUGACCAAUCAGAAGCUGUUUCAGGAGCUGUGCCCCGUGCGGAAGUCUCACCGGCAGCGCAAGUACUGUGUCGUUCUGUUAACGGGAGAGGGCGAGCCGUUCCGGAAAACCUACGAGUCCUUCCUGACCUUCGCCUCCGCCAACACCAAGGACACGGUCCGGUUCGUCUACGUCUACAAGGAGCGGCAGAGGGAGCUGGCCAGCAUGCUUCUGGGCGAGGACAUUCACCCGGCAGACUCCUCGGUUUCCAUACUGGAGCGGAGGAAUUCGGCCGGCAGAGUCGUCUAUAAGACUCUGGCUCACAUCUGGAGUGGGAGCGAGGACAACAAGUUCUCUCUGCUGGACUUCCUGGGAGAAAUGCCCAGGGAUCUGAUUUAAAGCUUGGCGUCGACUUGUGAUAAUAUUCAUGAUACAAAUGUAACUCUUCUCCUCUCCGUGUCUCUUCCAUUUCCUCUCUCUUGUCCCCGGUCUCUGUGCAGGAGGGAGAUGAUGCCACUUUUAUCGCUGAUUUUCUCUGCCCUCUUCAUCCUGUUCGGGACGGUCAUUGUUCAGGCGUUCAGCGAUAUUCACCGAGCGGCAGAAACGUGUGUGAGCGAUAUUCACCGAGCGGCAGAGACCUGUAAUCCCCUUCUCUCCUGCGGCAGAGUUCCCCGGAAAGGUUUUGUGGAGGUGACGGAGUUGACGGAUGUGAAUUAUAUGAGUAACCUGGUGAAGCUGCGUCCCGGUCACCUGAACGUGGUCCUCCUCCUCUCGCACUCCACCAAGGCCAGCCUGCUGCAGAAGUUCGCCCAGGAAGUCUACAUGUUCACCGGGAGCAGCUCCCUCCACUUCUCCUUCCUGAACCUGGAAAAGCACCGGGAAUGGCUGGAAUACCUCCUGGAGUUCGCCCAGGACCCCGCCUCCAUCGCCUACCAGUACGACGAGCACUUCCUGGAGCGCGACUACACCGGCUACGUGCUGGCCCUGAACGGCCACAAGAAAUACUUCUGCCUCUUCAAAGCGCAGUCCGCGCUGGAGGACGAGAAGCUGCUGGACGAGGCCGAGCACUGCCCACCCGGCGGCGACACGCUCCGCAAGAUCUCCCCGGGCUCCGGCUCCGGCCACAUCAAAAGGAAGCUAAACAAGCUGUCGUUGUGGAUGGAGCGGCUGCUGGAGGGCUCGUUGCAAAGGUUUUAUAUCCCCUCUUGGCCCUCGCUUGACUGACAUACACCACGGGGGGCAGGGGGGGGGAGGA